AUGGCCACAAGUCCAGUAAAUCGACCUUCCCGACCAGUCUCCCGCCCGAGUAUGUGGCCUCUCCCCUCUAUAACAGUGACCCGGCACCCUUCUGGAAAGUUUUCACCGCAGACCGAUGAGCGCUGCUUUUCGUACUGCUCUCAGACCACACGCGGACGCACUGAGGGCCGUGAACCGACGUGCCGUUCGGUGUGCUUCCGCAAGGUCUUCGCUCAUGAGGUCAGAACAGCGAUUGCCCACGAUGAUGCGCUCAAGGAGAAAGCCGCUCAAAAGGAUUAUGGUUUCCCCCUUCCACCUGAGGGCCAGCCCAAUAUAGACAGCUUAUCAUCGCCCAAGUCUGAUGAUGUACGGUAUUGGGAGGAGGGCUGGUACCUCUGGACAAGUAAGAGUCGGUGGGCAACACAGGAAAGACUGGACCUCAUGAUGUGGGACCUGGACCACCAGGAUCAUUGGCAGCGCCACAAGGAUGAGGUGCAGAAGCAGUGGGACGAUUAUUGGGCAGAGCAUCAGCGGCAGUCUGGGGAGCAGUUUCAUGGCACGCCUACAACUGGGGAGAACAUACAGCUCGAGGGGACGCCAUAUCCAGUCGAUGGGCAGAUGUUCCCUAAGCAAGAGACCAGGCAUCCAUGGCAAGAGUCUACUUUAGUAAAACUACCUCCUCCCCUCACCCCUUUGUUGGAACCAAUCCACGACCUUCUUUCACCAUCCUUCAAGGUUUUGACCACUUUGCAACGUAGUUUUGAAUCGGGCGCCCAUGGAGAACUUGCUGUUCGCAUGUGGGAGAAGGCAAGGACGCCCGAUCCUUUUGUCCUUGCGAGCACGGUUUGCAGGAAGAUGUGGGAGAAAUGGAAGGAAGGACCUCCAGACUCUGACACCACUUCGGACCUUUAA